AUGCUCUUUGCAGGCAUUGCAGAAGAUGAGAGCUUCCGUUGGAUAUCAAGCGAGAUCAUCGAGAAUGCCACCAUUGGCGAAUUUCUGCAGACCCUGACAUUGAAUGAGGGAGACUCAGGUGCCACUGAGGAUUGGCAGCUUCAGGUUUGGGGGACUCCUUGGACACCGGAUGAGUUUGUUGACAGGGCAGUUGUUGCCGGUCACCCAGCGAAGCUGCACUCUUUUCUGCCACCGUUGUUGCGGGACUGCAUUGAGAAGUCUCUGACGAAGUCAUGCUCACAGCGCAUGGCUCACAGGGCCCAAGCCCUGAAGCACUGGCUGCGAAGGUCGAUUCAGCUCAAACAUCAAGAGGAAGAGCUGAUGCGGACCUUGGAACCUGGAGUUGCUGAAGUCCUGCAAGGCAAGAGGAUCCUUGUCUGGAAAGAAAUGCUACAGUCCAUCAACUACAGCGAUAUGGGUGUUGUCGAUGAGUUCUGCGCUGGCUCCAGGUUGACAGGACAGACAGACCUAACAAACCUGUGGCCAUCGAAGGUCACCCCUGCCACCAUGACUGAGGGCGAGUUGCAUGCCCAAGCAAGGUUGCAGCGGGACGGUAUUUCAUUUGUUCAGGUAGUUUUCUUUGACUCCGAGAUCGCGCACUCAGUUUGGGAUCAGACAUUGCAGGAAGUCAUUCGUGGCGAAGCCGAAGGGCCCUUCGAUCUGAGCGAGGUGCCUUCGGACUUUCCACUCAGCAGGCGCUUUGGGGUCAAGCAGAAUGGAAAGAUAAGGUGUGUGGAUGAUUUUUCCUGGUCUGGGAUAAACGCUGCAUCUCAACCGAGGGAAUCCCCAAAACCUCACACGCUUGACGUGGUGGCAGCGAUGAUCAGCACAGUGAUGGGCUACGCCGAAGGCGAUCACGCCUGGGUGUCGCGGAGCUUUGAUCUGAGGAGCGCAUACAGGCAGUGUGCAGUCCAUCCUGACUCCAGGCAGUUUUCGUACAUUGUUGUUGGAGAUCCCCACACAUCUUCAUUGAAGGCCUUUCGCCUCAAGGCACUCCCGUUUGGAAGCGUCAAAUCUGUCCACAGCUUCCUUCGAAUAGCGCGCAGCUUGUGGGCCAUCUUGACAUCAGUCUUCUGGGUGAUAACCACCAAUUAUUUUGACGAUUUUGUGUCCGUUGCUGAUCUCCGUGAAGCCGCAUCAGUGGACUUUACUGUGAAGGCCGUCUUCAGAUUGUUGGGUUGGAGGUUUGCUGAGGAUGGACCGAAGGCGCCACCUUUCAGCAGCAGUCUUGUGGCUCUUGGAGUACAGUUUGAUGUGUCGAAGUUGCAUCAAGGAUCGGUUAGCGUCUCGAACACCGCGAACAGAAGAGAUGAGCUGGCCCAGGCAUUGGAUCAGGCUGUGACGUCAAGAUCCCUUGCAAAGCUUGAAGCCCUUAGAUUGCGAGGACGGAUGCAAUUUGCCUCUGGUCAGUUUUAUGGGCGUCUAGCCCGGCGGUGCCUUGCAGUGGUAACGCAGCAUGCCUAUGGCUCUGAGUCAUCAACAUUGGCUGAGGCUGCAAUACAUGCCCUGUCUCGCUUCAGAGACAUGCUGGUCAAUGGUGUGCCGAGGAUGAUUUCAUCGAAGGCCACGACAACUUGGUUUAUCUUCACCGACGCUUCACAUGAACCACAUGAGGCGGAACCUUUCUCUGGCGUUGGUGGGGUCUUGGUGGACCAGUUUGGUUGCAGGCGCCGCUUCUUUUCAGAACAGCUAUCACCUGACCUUUUGCGUGAAAUCAAUGUGUCUCAAAGGAAGACGAUAAUCUACGAAUGCGAAUUUUUCUCUGUGCUUUGUGCCAUGAUUGUUUGGAAGGAUUUCAUUCAUCAGUGCAACGUAGUGAUCCAUACUGACAAUGAUGCUGUCAGGGAUGCAUUCAUCGCUUGCCACACUAGCAGCGCAAAUUCUCUUCCAAUACUUGAUGCUAUCCUCGAAGCUGAGAAUGAUGCCGAAUGCAACUCCUGGAUCACCCGUGUGCCAACAGAGUCCAAUAUUGCAGAUGACCCUUCGCGUCUUCAAGUAGAUCUUCUAAUGAACUGUGGAUGCUUGCGAGACCGUAUUGGCUGUUCAGAUAUUUGGUCGAACAUUGUAUGCAAGCCUGGCAAUGUUGCAAAAGGGGGAGGCGAUGGACCAGCCUUGCACACCCCUUUGGAAAAAAGAAGGUCUCAUUGCAAGCGAGGGUCGUCACAGCAGAAUUUAAGUAAGCAAGACAACGGCAAGCGAACUAAAUUCUGA